UUUCUCAUAGAAAUCUCCAAAUCCUAAUUUCUCUCUUCCAGAAUCCAAAUUCUUCGCAUUCUCGAUUGAAGAAUUGUAUUCACCACAACGAGUUCCUUAUUCCUCUCUUUAUAUACUCUCACCAAUAGUAAAUUGAUCGAGUUUGGAAUUGUUGCGAUGGCAGAAGCAGUGGUGUCGACUGCUCUAGCAACCUUGCGCAAUUUGUUGGUGGAAGAAGCAAGGUUUUUGUAUGGCGUGGGUGACAAAGUGAGGGAGCUCGAGAUCCAGCUCAAAGAGAUGAAGUGUCUUCUCAAAGAUGCCGAUAGAAGACGACAUGGAAGUGAAACCAUUUUGAAUUGGAUCUCGGAGAUCAAAGAUCUUGUCUAUAGAGCCGAAGCUGCCAUUGAAAGACAUGCAGCUUAUCAAGUGUUGUCAAGCAGAAGACGAGGCCUGAGGCAGCUCAUCCGCAGAUAUUCUUGUAUUUUGGAAGAAGGCUGCUCUCUCCACCAACUAGCCUCCGAGAUUUCACAAAUCAAAUACAAUCUUGGAAGAGUCACCGAAGCCAUGCGAGCCUACGGAAUAAAGAACAUCAUCGAUCGCGGGGAGAGCUCGUCCACCGACAACAGGGCACGGAAGAGCUUCCCCGAAUUCGAGAUCGGAGAGUGUUUUGUGGGGAUGGAGGAUGAGCUGAAGCAGCUUGGUAAUCUCCUCAGGCAAGACAACGAGGAUCGAGUUAUAUCGGUGUGGGGAAUGGGGGGAUCAGGGAAGACCACCAUUGCCAAAAAGCUCUACAACGAGACCAAGUCCAGCUUUGAUCUUUGCGCAUGGGUUUGCAUUAGUCAGCAAUGUCAGAGUUUUCAAUCAGUUUGGAAUGAUGUUCUCAAGCAGCUAGAGCAUCAAAGCACCAAGGUUGUAAGCGAUGAGCCACAGCAAAUAAGGGAGGACGUUGUUCCAAAUCUAAGCGACUGGGAGUUGAAGGAGCAACUAUGCAAGAUACAAAGAGACAAGCGUUGCCUCAUUGUUUUGGACGAUCUUUGGAAAGUUGCUGAUUGGAAUGAAUUGAAGCAUCCCUUCCUUGUUCAUGAUUUGAAAAACAAAAUAUUGAUCACCACGCGCGAGGAGGAAGUUGCAGAGAUUGGAUGCCCGGUAAAAGUUGGGCUUCUAAAAGAGGAAGAUGCUUUGGAACUACUCAAGAAGAAAGCCUUUCCACAUACCAACAUUCCAGACUUUGCAUUAUUGGAAGGAAAUUUUGAGAAAAUUGGGAAAGAAAUGGUGCAGAAAUGUGGGUAUUUGCCGCUGGCAAUUUCUUUCCUCGGUGGGGUCUUGAGAAUGAAAAAUUCGAUGAAGGAGUGGGAGUUAGUAAAUGAGGAUAUCAAAGAAUUCAUAUAUAGAGAUGAAAAGGAGAUUGAUGGAGUGCUAAAUUUAAGCUAUGAAAGCCUACCCUAUUAUUUGAAGCCUUGCUUUCUCUAUAUGGGUAUAUUCGAAGAGGAUGAAGAUAUAGAUGUUGAUGAUCUAUAUACUAGAUGGAUAGCACAAGGCAUGAUUUCAUAUGAGAAUAUUCGAGACAAGGACAAAACUUUGAUUGAAAUCGCGGAGCUCUACUUGGGUGAGUUGGCCUCCAGGUCCAUCAUCAAUGUUGAAAUUUACAAUGAUGGCAAAACUGGUAGAAAAUAUAGGAGCUGCAAACUUCAUGAUGUAGUAAGAGAACUAUGUCUGAAAAUGGGGAAAAGGGGGGAUUUUGGUGUGCUGAGUUUGGAGUAUAAAAGUGGGAAACUUAGUACUUUACUGCAGCAAGCUUCCUCGCAUAUGAAAAUACUACGACAUUUGGCUAUCCAUAUCAGAACAAGUGAAGUCGAACUGGAACCUGUCGAGCUUGGAGAAGAUGCUAGCAAACACUUAAGGUCUGUUCAUAUAUUCAAUCAUUUGAGUAGCCUUGAGUUUUCUUCGCAAAAUAUCUUUGAUUUUCAGAAAUUCAAAUUGCUCAGAGAUCUUGUUAUCAUCGGAUUCAAAUUUGCAGGUAGAAAGUUACCGAAAGGAAUCACUAAUCUUGUUCACCUUAGAUAUUUACGUUUAGAAGAAUGUGAAUUUGAUAAGGUAUCGUCGUCCAUAAGGAAUUUGGUAUACAUGGAUACCCUUGAUUUAAAUGGUUCGAGGAAUAUCGAAGUCCCAAAUGUUUUUAAGGAGAUGCUAUGUUUAAAGCACUUGUUUCUUCCGAAGUAUAAGGAGGCGCGCAAAAAUUGGAAGUUAUCGAUUAACAUUGGACGAGGGAGUGGUUGGCUUGGAGAGUCUGGUGGGAUUGGAUAG